GCUGCCCUAAAACUUUAUGCUCUUCCGCCCUCCCUUCCUCCUGCCUGCCAAACCUCUGCUUCCUCUCGUCGCAGAAACACCAAGAGAGAAAGGCGGAGGGAGCAGAGGAGAGAAGACGGAGUGGGCGGUGCCUGAGCCUCGCGAGUCCCGGCCUUAGCGCGAGCGGAGCACUUUGAAGGGAGGGGGCGCAGCAGCAGCAGGAGGAGGCCGGUUCGCCAGCUGCUCAGUGGGUGGAGCCGAGCCUGCGCAGUGUUGGCUUGUUCGCGAGCGAGCUUCGCACUCAGGGGGUGGCCCGGCCAAGGAAAGAAACAAACUGUCAGUGGUUUUUCUGGAGGAAUAAUUUAGCCUACAUGUGCUUUUGUACUUCUUGGAAGAAUGACAGAUGACAAAGAUGUACUUAGAGAUGUUUGGUUUGGGCGAAUACCAACUUGUUUUACCCUAUAUCAGGAUGAGAUUACUGAAAGGGAAGCUGAACCUUACUAUCUGCUUUUACCCAGAAUAAGUUACCUGACACUGGUAACAGACAAAGUGAAAAAACAUUUUCAGAAGGUUAUGAGACAAGAGGAUAUUGUAGAAAUAUGGUUCGAAUAUGAAGGCACACCACUAAAAUGGCAUUAUCCUAUUGGUUUGCUUUUUGACCUUCAUGCUUCAAAUACAGCCCUUCCAUGGAGCAUAACAGUACAUUUUAAGAAUUUUCCAGAAAAAGAUCUUUUACACUGUCCCUCAAAGGAUGCAAUUGAAGCCCACUUCAUGGCUUGUAUAAAAGAAGCAGAUGCCUUGAAACAUAAGAGUCAAGUUAUCAAUGAGAUGCAAAAAAAGGAUCAUAAGCAACUUUGGAUGGGAUUACAGAAUGACAAAUUUGAUCAAUUUUGGGCUAUAAACCGAAAACUCAUGGAGUACCCUCCAGAAGAUAGUGGAUUUCGCUACAUCCCAUUUAGAAUAUAUCAGACCACAACUGAGCGACCUUUUAUACAGAAGUUGUUUCGUCCUGUCGCUGUAGAUGGACAGUUUCAUACACUGGGAGAUCUCCUAAAAGAAGUUUGCCCUGCUGCAAUUAAUCCUGAAGAUGGUGAAAAGAAGAACCAAGUGGUGAUUCAUGGCAUAGAGCCGAUGUUGGAAACGCCAGUACAGUGGCUAAGUGAACAUAUGAGUUAUCCUGACAAUUUUCUUCACAUCAGUGUUAUCCCACAACCUGCAGAUUGAAGUGUCAACUGGUAUGCAUGAGGAUCAGCCUUUGAUUGGAGCAACAAAGUCAACUUCAAGUUGUGUCAGGCUUGAUGAGGGUGACAUGACCAAAAACUUUUGCUGCUGCAAGCCAAACAGGAAGAAAGAUCCAUCAUGUGAUAAAAGGAAUUGGACAGGCUAUAUUUUGCAUCACCCGUGUUUUCUCCACUGCUGUCAUUUAACUUCAGCUGUGACAUAAGAAACUUUAUAAGGCUGCUCUAAGACUUCUGUUUUCUUGUUAAAAAAUUGAAGCUGAAAGCAUGGGGAAUAAGUGGAAAUAAGUGCCACUUUGUAUUUCUUAAUAAUAAAUAAACAGGGGUAUUUUCUAAUGUU